GGAAUUCGUUUGGAAAUAAUCGCAAAUAAUCGUUGAAAAAUGUUUGAUCGCGAAAAAUUGGGCCUACAACUUUAUUUAUUCCAUCGUGUGCGUCGAGCCAACUUCGACAUUAGGCUGUAUUAGGUGAACCGCCUCGCGACGUGAAUCGCUUACGAUAACGCGUACUCUCUCUUUUCUUUGCACAUCAAUUUUCAAGAUUCGAGAACAACUAGAAAAUAUCAUGGAUGAGAGAAUUAAGAGAGUAAUCAUUCGAGCAAAUAGAAUAAACGAAAUCUUGAAAAUUAUGGCCAUUUCUAUGAAAGAUAUACAUUACUGCAUAAUACACAUGGGCUUCAACAUUAAGGAUUUCAUAAAGAUACAGGAACUUUUGCAAGAGGAAGAUAUAUCGGAGGAAAAUAUAAAAAAAUACUUGACGAAUUACAGUUGUUUCAUUACGUGCACUUUGGAAAAAUCUCGUAUCAUACAAAAUGAUGAAAUUCAGUUGAACAAGUUGGUAGAAAUGGCGAGUAGAAAAAAUAUAUCCAUAGACGAGAGAUUAUUAAGCGAAUGCAUCGACGAAGCGAACAAAGGUACGGACAAAUGCGAGAAUGGAUUAAACUUUAUAAUUUGUUUUUCAAAAUUCUUAAGCGAUAUAUAGAGCACAAAUUGAAGUUAUUUUAAAGCACAAAAGCUACGUAUA